AUGAGGCGGUGCGGGGCGGCCGCCGCCAUCCGCCGGCCCCAGGAAGCCGUGAUUUUCCCGGUUUUUUUUGUUUUUUUAUCCCUUCCCCGCUGUUCCCUGCAGGUGGACGCCAGGAACAUCGACGGCAGCACUCCCCUGUGCGACGCCUGCGCCUCGGGCAGCAUCGAGUGCGUGCGGGUGCUGCUGUCCCACGGGGCCAAGGUCAACCCUCCCCUCUACACGGCCUCCCCUCUGCACGAGGCCUGCAUGAACGGUAAUGCCCUGGGAGCCAACGUGAACGCGGCCAAGCUGCACGAGACCGCGCUGCACCACGCGGCGCGGGCGCGGAGCGCGGACCUGGUGGAGCUGCUCGUGCAGUUCGGGGGCAACAUCUACGCCAGGGACAACCGCGGCAGGAAACCCUCGGAGUGCGGCCACGGCGGAGCCAGCGCGCAGUGCCUGCGCUUCUACGAGAGGACCCCGCUGAGCCUGGCCCAGCUGUGCAGGCUGGCCGUGCGCAGAGCCGCCGGCCGCCGAGGGCUCCCCGAGAUCUCGCGGCUGCCGAUCCCACCCCGGCUCAUCCAGUACCUGUCCUACAACUGAGGGAGCCUGGAAAAAUCCUGGGAAUGCCAGGAAAAAACACUGGGAUUGCCAGGAAAAAAAUCCUGGGA